AUGGCUGUCGAGUUAAAGGUCAUAAUUCAGCUUCGUGAUGGCUGCAUCCAUGCUGUCCAAAGGGAAGGAUUAGUUAUCGCUCGCGGCGUGAAAUAUGCCGAAGCUAGACGGUUCGAGGCUCCGCGGCCUUCCCAAAAAUGGGAUGAUAUUAUCGACUGCACAAAACCGGCCACGAUAUGUCCCCAGUUACCUUCGCGUCUUGAGAUGAUCAAUGGCCCGAUAGCUGCAAGAAGGACGAUGGACGAAGCCUGCUUGCACGUCAGCGUUUUCUCGCCCUCGCUUAGCCACUCCAAGGACGAUGGCUUGAUCCCUGUUAUGGUCUUUCUACACGGGGGUGGAUACUCGUCCGGGGCGGGCGAUCUUGACUGCUACAGUGGCGCUCCGCUUGCUUCUAUGGGAGUAGUGGUCGUUAACAUCACUUACCGACUGGGAAUAUUUGGAUACCAGCCCAUUGAAGGAAUCGCCCCACCCAACCUGGGCCUUCUAGAUCAAAUUGCAGCACUUCGCUGGGUCCAAGACAAUAUCCAAUGCUUUGGUGGCGAUCCUAAGAGAGUUUGCCUAUUUGGAGAGUCAGCGGGUGCAGAUUCAAUCUUCUGUCUACUGGGUUCGGAUGAUGUUGAAGGUCUUUUCCAUCGUGUAAUAUUGCAGAGUGCUCCAUGGGCGUUCAGGUAUAUGGACCAAGAUAGCCGACAUAAAAUGAUCGAGGCACUUUCGUCGAUGGCUGGCGAUCUUCUGCCAAGAAAUCACGAUACUGCAUCGAUAGAGGAGCUUUUGAGGGUACAGCAAAGGCUCAUGAUUGCAGCGACAUCUUUUCCCAUGGCAGUGAUACCGUUUGGGCCCAUUAUUGGGCAUUACCCCCUGCCGCAGAAGUCGGAAUUUGAUGGAAGGUUGGAGUCUGCCAUUCAUCGCGUGCCGAUAUUUAUCGGCUACACGAAAGACGAGGGCCGAGCGUUCGAGGGCAUGUUCAAUCAAAUGAAGCCUAGACCUGUAAUUCCCGUGGGAAAAACUGUCGCUAGCUUCAUCUCCAAGCAUUGGUUUCAGGACCCAGCGGAGCAGUUUUUUAGGAGGAUCAUGGACGCUGGUAGACAGCCGUGGUUUUACGUGUUUAGCCUGGCGCCCGAUCAGAAUCAGUUCGGUGCAAUUCACACAAUCGACAUGCCCUUUCUGCUUGGAACAUGGGAUAACUGGAAAGAGGCGCCAAUGAUGAGUGGGCGAAAUACGCAAGAACUCGUGGAACGGGUUGGCUCAGAGGUCAAGAAGCUCUGGGUAGCGUUUGCCGAAGGAAGGAAUUCUGGGACCGCGCAGUUUGUUAUUGACGAGCACUUUACUUUUCACAAAUAG